CAAGUAACAUUAACAACAUUUUCUCUUAGUUUUGCGUCACCGUGCGGGAAAACUUUGAAAAAGAAAAAGUGAUUUGAUGCUGGGUGUAUCUUAUUCGAAGAAAACUUUCUGGAUCUCGCAUCGCCAGUUUGUCUGCUGUUCCCUAAGGAGUGCAUAAUGGCCCUUGUGAAUAAUUUCAGAUUGAUGUGCCGUUUAGCGUCCAGCCAAACCGGUGCUCUUCGAAUUUAUCCACAUCAGCCUCCUGGAACCAGAUGAAAUUUACGUUUGCUUCUCCUGGCCAGGUUUUCUAUAAUGAAGUGAACGCGAAACAAAUAGACGUUCCAUCCAUGAGUGGUAACUUCGGUAUCCUAGCACACCAUGUGCCCAUGCUUGCAGUCCUGAAACCUGGAGUUAUCAAUGUCUUCGAAGAAGAUGGAACUUCCAAAAAAUUCUUUGUGAGCAGCGGAACAGUUACGGUGAACGACGACUCCACUGUUCAGAUAUUAGCAGAAGAGGCUGUUCCUGUUGAGUCUCUUGAUCGCCAGGCUGCAAGAGAUGGACUGGCAGAAGCCCAGGGCCGGUUAAGUUCCGCUUCGGGAGAUGUAGCGAAAGCGGAAGCCAGCAUUGAAGUGGAGACCUUUGAAGCACUUGUUAAAGCAACGGAAUAACUUACAUAUCUGUGUACUAUGCAAAAGAUACUUCGCGUUAAAAUUUUAUUUGUGAAUCGUUCUUGCGCAGUGUGAAUUGUGGUGUAUGGUGUGUUCACUGAAUACUUCGGAUUCGUUUUCGGGAUGUUGGUGCGUUGGUCUAGCAUAUGCGCACUGUAUUUGACUGUUGAGCGCUCUACUCGAAAGUGACGAAACGAAAUAUUUGAUGAACUAACUGUUUUUCCAGUGCUGCCAAUAAAAAUGUGCAACCAAAAA